AUGUCUGAAUUGACUUCAGUGGAUUAUUUUGCGUAUGCAGUGGCUACUUGGUCUACGGGCACAGCCGUUUCGCUUGUUGGAUUCCCCAGGCUUAUUACUACGCUGCUACUGCCAUAUGAGAAGCACAGUAACGGCGAAGUACUCCCGAAAACUGAAUUGAAUGGCUUCGAGAAGUUCCUGGCAACGCAAUCAAGUAUUUCAUUGCUAGCUGCUGCCUACUUACUGCUUCAAUUGACUGGCUCUCUUUCUUCAUCGCCUAUCAGACAGCCAUCGCCCUAUAGAAUUCCAAGCGUAGGAUUCGCAACGUUAGCACUCCUUUUAUCCUCAGCACUUAGCUUCUACGCCGACAACAUCGGCAACCUUGGCAAAGUACACUGCCUGCCAACAGCCCUGCUCAGCUUAUGGGGCGUGUCUAUCAUGAUAUUCGGAGAAGACUUCUCAACUAAGCGCUCUAGCUUCCCAUUCAAGAACACUGAAGCUAAGAAGAAGUAG